CUAAUACUUUGUAAUGUCAUUACAAAGAAUAAUUAUUAAAUAAAAUAGAAAUCUAGUAUUUUCUAACCAUGAACGCCUCUCUCAUUGCUUGUUCGGUUAUUUUAAGUGAUACUUCACCUGCAACAAAAACAAGGGCAUCACCCAUGAAAGCGCCUGUGCAGCUUGAGAGUGGAGGCCGUGCAUUCGACCACACAGACAGCUAUUGGGAAAAUUGGGAGGAAAAGCAAGGCUUGAGUUAUUCUCAAGAAGAUUUAGAUGCUGUUGAUAAUAAUAAUAAACAAAAAGAGGUGGAGGUUAUAAUACAGAGAGAGAAUACUGAGGAUAUGCCUUCUGCAACGAGCAGUUCUCAUGGGUCUAUCCCUAAUAAUGAAGAUUGUGGCAUUAGAGAUGUCUGGAAGCAUAAUAUGGAAGAGGAGUUUCGGACAAUACGACAGAUCGUAAAGCACUAUGAUCAUGUGUCAAUGGAUACCGAAUUUCCUGGAGUUAUCGUACGUCCCAUAACUGGCCCAGAUCAGAAUUGUCAAGUUUUGAAGUUACAAACAUGCGACAUAAUCCAAAGCAAAUAUGAGAUAUUGUAUAAGCAAUUGGAGAAAUAUCUGGUCACACAAUAUAAUUACAUUGCAAUGGAUACAGAAUUUCCUGGUGUAGUUGCGAGGCCUAUUGGAGAAUUUCGAUCAACUGCAGAUUAUCAAUAUCAAUUACUAAGAUGUAAUGUAGACUUGCUAAGGAUAAUACAACUUGGACUGACCUUCUAUGACAAGCAUGGAAAAACUCCUUCUGGCUAUACCACAUGGCAAUUUAACUUCAAAUUCAACUUAUCGGAAGAUAUGUACGCUCAAGAUUCAAUUGAUUUACUCACAAAUUCGGGUAUACAAUUUAAGAAACACGAGGAAGAUGGUAUAGAUCCUUUAGAAUUUGCUGAAAUCCUAAUGACGUCUGGCAUAGUAUUAAUGGACAAUAUCAAAUGGUUAAGUUUUCAUUCUGGUUAUGAUUUUGGAUAUUUACUGAAACUAUUGACUGACCAAAAUUUACCACAAGAGGAAGCAGAUUUUUUUGAUUUAUUAAAAAUAUAUUUUCCAGUUAUAUAUGAUAUAAAGUAUCUAAUGAAAUCUUGUAAGAAUUUGAAAGGUGGGUUACAAGAAGUGGCGGAUCAACUAGAAUUACGCAGAGUUGGUCCCCAGCACCAAGCAGGAUCCGACUCACUGUUAACGGGGAUGGCAUUUUUCAAAAUGCGCGAGAUGUUUUUUGAAGAUAAUAUUGAUGAUUCCAAGUACAGUGGUCAUUUAUAUGGUUUGGGUAUGUCAUUUUCAGCAAAUGGAAAUAAUACACCCUUUCACGAUAAUGGGGACAAUAGUUCCUCAUCAUAAAAAACUUAUAAAUCUUAUAAGAAACUUAUUUGUAUAUUUAUUAUCCUAAGGAAGCAAUUGCAUGUAAUUAUAAAAACAGCUACAAAGAAUUUUUUAAGAAAACAUGAAACAAAGAUUAUAAAUAUUAAUGUGGAUGAAUCAAAAUUUUAUGAAAUAAACCAAUUAGUGAGAUAGUUUUAAAUAUAGUCGAUAUUUAUUUGUUGAUUUUACCAAA